GUAUGAUGGCCCAACCAAACAUAUAUUCUAUCUCAAUUAAUCUCCAUGCCAUGGAAAAACAAACAUCUACUUUACUUUCCCUUUCCCCUUUCCCUUUUCCUUUUCUUUUUUCCCCUGUUUCAACUCUGUUCUUCUAUAACCUUUCCCUCUCCCUUUCACUUAUUCUCUUCCUCAAUCCCCCCUAAUUUCUCCAAAAGUCUGUUAACUUUCACUAACAACACUCCCUUCGAUGCGAAACCCGCUUCGAUAUCCUAAUUAUUUUGUUAAUCACUCUUUAAAAACCCUUUAAUUAUUCCUCCUUAAACACAUAUGGGCUCUGUUUUUCCCCUGUUUUUUAUAUUUCUUCCUCUUAUGUCAUUGGCAUUGCCACCACCAUCAUCAAGAACUGAUAAGUUCACUGUUACGGAUGAUAAAACGGUAAUUAACAUCCGUUCUCCUCGCCUUCUUGACCUCGUUGUUAGAGAUUUCACGGUUGGGUUAUUCGACGAGAACAACUUCCAAACAGGAGUGGUGAACCAUGUAAACUUACCGGAAAAUCUCACCGGAAUUGACGUUGAUACGGCGAGGUUUCGGUGUGGCAGCCUAAGAAGGUACGGUGCUCGAGUUAAGGAGUUUUACUUACGUAAAGGUGUUAUGAUUAAUCCUUGUGUAGAGAGAGUUAUACUAAUUAGACAAGAGCUUGGGUUAAAUUGGUCUAACAUGUAUUAUGAUAAUUACAAUUUACAAGGUUAUGAAUUAGUUACACCAAUUUUAGGCCUCCUAGCUUAUAAUGGUGGGGAUGAUUAUCAAAAUAUAACCCGUCCUGACCCGUUUGAGCUCCGGGUUAUUGCUGAUGGGGAUCCGAUUAAGGUAGAUUUCACCAAUAUUAGUCGAAUCAAUUCGAGGAAUAUUAAGGAUAAGAUGCCAUAUUGUGCUAAUUUUGAAGGGCAAGGUAAGGUGACAUUAACAAGUAUGGUGUCACCACAUGUUUGUGAAGCCAAAAAAGAAGGCCAUAUUGGGUUGGUGGUUAAGGCGGCUAGCCCACCUCCACCGGUGGCGUACACGGAGGGGAUUAGCCGGUGGAAGAUUGCCCUAGGAAGCUCGGUAGGGGCGGCAUUGGGUGCCUUCUUGUUAGGGUUGUUAAUGGUUGCGAUGUUUGUGAAGGCUAAAAAGAGGUCUAAAUUGGAAGAUAUGGUGAGAAGGGCAUACGAGGAAGAAGCUUUGCAAGUAAGCAUGGUUGGACAUGUAAGGGCUCCUUGUGCUCCUGCCACUAGGACUGUGCCCAUAAUUGAACGUGAUUAUAGACCGCCUUACUUUUGAUACACCUAAUUGUGAUCAAAACUACUAAACUAGUCUUCUUGAUGAAUUCAUUCUUUUUCAUAAGUGUAGCUUGUAAGUUAAGUUUUAACUUUUUUUCAAUGGAAGAGAAAAAAACGAUUGUUUAUAGUAUGAUA